AUGGCGACUGGCGAUAUUUUUCCUGUAUUCAGCCAGGGAGUUGGAUAUGGAAUUGUGUUGGGAAUAGGAAUCCUUUUCGCGGCACUUAUGAGCUUGGCUUCAUUUGCUCUCAAACGAUACUUCGCCGAAGUUCAAGACUCAGAGAUGUACUUGACAGCCAAGCGAUCUGUUCGAGCAGGACUUAUCGCGUCUUCUGUUGUAUCUUCAUGGACUCUCAGCGCUACGUUGCUCUCUUCCACUAAUUUUGGAUACCUAUAUGGAAUUUCGGCAACCUUCUGGUUUGGUGCUGGUUGCUCUAUUCCAAUUCUCACGUUCGCAGUACUGGCAAUCGAGCUCAAACGAAUGGCACCGAACGCCCACACGUUCCUUGAACUUGUCAAAUUCCGCUAUGGGGCACCAGGUCACAUCGUGCUUACCAUUUACUCCUUAAUUUAUCAAAUCUUCAUCGCUGUCAAUUUGCUUGUUGGCGGAGCUGAGGUGUUUCAUCUUACAACUGGAAUGAACCAAGUUGCCACCUGUUUCUUGUUUCCGUUAGGUGUUUGCAUUUAUACCUUCUUUGGUGGUAUUAAGGCAACUUUCUUGACUGAAUGGGUGCACACCGUGAUUCUUUACAUGAUCAUGUUGACAUCGAUGUUCGUGAUGUACACAACCUCCUCCCACGUGGGCUCACCAGGGAAGAUGUGGGAGCUUUUAAAUGAUGCAUCUAAAAUUCGUCCUGUUGAUGGAAACGAGGAUGGUCAGCUAUUGACAAUGAAGAGUGUACAAGGUGGACUUGUUGGGCUCAUCUUUCUUGGUGGCGGCUUCUCUGCCACAGUGGACUCUCAAUUUUUCCAAAAGGCAAUUGCUGCAGACCCGAAAUCGACCGUUGCCGGUUAUUUACUGGGAUCUCUUUGCUGGUUCACGAUUCCUUUCUGCAUCUCCACUACUUAUGGUCUCGGUGCAGCUGCCCUUGAACACACACCGGCUUGGCCGACAUAUCCUGAGCCGAUGUCUUCGGCAGUGAUCAAUCAAGCACUUUCGAUGCCAUAUGUGGCAUAUGCAAUCCUUGGAAAAGGUGGUGUUGCUGCAAUUUUGUUGAUGCUGUUUCAAGCUAUCACUAGUGCACUGAGCUCCGAGACUGUUGCUGUCACAAGUCUUGUGGCCUAUGAUUUUUACAGGGCAUAUAUCAACCCAUCAGCCACCGGCAAGAAGCUCAUAUUUGUGUCUCAUAUUGCCGUUGUGGUGUUUAGUUUACUGGUCGCAGCUGUCGCAGUAGGAUUAUGCUAUGCCGAUUUCUCUGUCAGCUUCAUUGUCACCGCAAUUGGAAUUAUCAUUGAUGGUGCGGUCAUCCCCAGCGCAUGCACCCUUUUCUGGAAAAAGCAGAGCAAAUAUGCAGUGACACUUGUGCCGAUUCUCAGCUCUAUUAUCAGCAUCGGUACCUGGCUUGGUGAAGCAUAUCGAAGAGAUGGAGUAGUCAGUGUCGCUACUCUUUCGGGAUUUUAUCCCACAGUUGCAGGCAAUAUGCUCGCACUAACAGCUCCAAUUGUUCUCACUCCGCUAAUUACAUACAUCCACCCAGAGAAUUUCGAUUUCUCUAGAUUUCAGGAGAUCCAGCAGGUAAAGGAAAACGAAGUUCUGUCUAAGCAACACACAGAGAAUGGUAUUAGCGUGGUAACGUCUAACACAAAUGAGGCACUAGUUAAUGUCGAACCAGAACAAAAGGAUCUUCUCCAGGCACGUGAUAUUGCACUUGGGGCUGCCCUCUUCAUAGCCAUCUCGAUGACAAUUUUGUGGCCAAUUCCUAUGUACGGAACUGGAUAUAUCUUCUCAAAGGGCUUCUUCACUGGCUGGAUUGUCUUCACUUUCAUAUGGGGAUUCUUUGGUGCAAUUGUCAUAACAAUUUUGCCGCUUUGGGAGAGCAGGCGUGGCAUUCUUGCUUUUUUACGUGCUGUUGUAAAUGACCUGAGUGGCCGUCGAGAAGCCACUGUCCAGGAAAUGCCAAUCGUUGUUCAGGAUAAGCAAUGA